AUGGAAAAUGUCUUUUCACGACACAAGUUCUAUCGAGGCGAGGAUUUCGAGGAUGAGCUAUCCGAUUUAUUCAAUAAAAAGUACCAAUUCCGAUUUAAUACCGAAUGGAAGCUUCCUGACCGCGAGUCGUGGUUCUCAGCACCACCGUGGAAAGUAAAAAGUUUAGAGUCGCAGAAAACGAGAUUAAAUUUUCACAAAAGUCAGUUAAAUGAUUUCAGUAUUGAGGAAUGGAGUAGUCAUACUCGGCGUCGUAACCCUGCUGGCGAAGUUGGUUGGAAAAUUAGAUGUCUAGUAAAUCCGGAAUUUUUGACACAGGCUUGGACAAAGUUCUAUGAAUGUGCUUGUACAUACAAUGUUGUGCCAAAAGAGGCAAGUGUGAAUAAGAAAAUGGUCUCACUCCAUCUUUGUGAAGCACCUGGGGCAUUUAUUACAUCUUUAAAUCAUUAUUUAAAAUUAAAUCACCCAGAUAUUCAGUGGAAGUGGGUAGCAAAUACUUUGAAUCCGUACUAUGAAGGUAACUCUCCAUCAAACAUGAUUAGUGAUGACCGUUUCAUGUUUCAUACUCUGGACAAUUGGCACUUUGGUGUGGAUAGUACUGGGAAUCUCAUGGAUUGGGACAACUCACAGGCAAUAAUAGUGAAAGCAAAGAAUCUUGGCAAGGUUAUGCUAGUUACUGCAGAUGGGUCUAUUGAUUGUUUGCAAAAACCAGAUGCUCAAGAGGAGGUGACAUCUCCAUUACAUUAUUGUGAAAUUGUUACUGCAUUACAAUCACUAAGUCCAGGAGGCAACUUAAUAUUUAAACUUUUCACCACAUUUGAGCAUUCCACCGUCAGUCUGCUUUAUCUCAUCAAUCAUCUUUUCAAAGAGGUUAAUAUAUAUAAACCAGUGACUUCAAGACAAGGAAAUUCUGAAGUCUAUGCUAUAUGCAUUGAUUAUAAAAACAAUAUAAACUUAGAUGAAUAUUUACCUAUUUUGAAGUCUACCUAUGGAACAGAUCUUUACUACAAAAAAGCAUUAUUCCCUAUGGAAGCAAUCCCUGAGACUUUUCUUAAGCAAGUAGAAGAAUGUGCAUAUUACUUUUGCUCCAUACAAUGUCAAGUCAUAAAUAACAAUCUACAAGCAUAUCUUAUGCAGAAAAAUAUUGCAUUGCAUAGAGAUAUAAAGAAAAUCAGAGCUUCCGUUGCUUCAGAAUUCAUUUGGAAAUAUAACUUAAAACCUAUUGUAUAUGAACAAGAGAUCCUCAAAGGUAUUUUACAUGAAGAGAACAAAAUUAAUACAAAUCCACGCUAUCAUCGUGGUUCAUAUACAGAGAGGCAGUUGUACUCAAAAAUGUCCUCAAAAGAGAAGUUAAGGAAUCUGAAUGCUUUCUUACAAGCAGAACUAUUGUCAAAUCCACUAAUUUUAAUAAAUGAGCCUGUGCGGUGGAUGGUUAGGGAGGAAAAUUUGAAACUUGACAUAGUAUUUACAUAUGGCAGGCCACUACUAAAAAUAAACAGUUCUAAAUUUAUUUUUGUUUCUAUUUUCAAACUGUACCAACAGAUAUUGUCUGAGGAGGAGUUCAAAGAGAUUAUUCUCUUAAAACAAUCGGGACAAGUGACUAAUAUUAAUGAUCCAGGGAGUGAUAUCUCCAAAGUUUUGUUACUCCCUGAAUACAAAUACAAGGACUGCUAUAAUGUAUAUGAGAAGAAUUGCUUCAAAUCAUUGCUCAGUAUAUUACAGGAGAUAGAAGUCGGAGAGUCACUUUUAUUGAAAAAUUUUAAUACUUUAACUCAUUUUAAUGUUAGCACACUCUAUAUACUUUCUAAGGUGUGUUUUGAGAAGACUGGUUUUGCAUCUUGUGGAAGCAUAGUUUUAAACAAUUUGUUGGAUAAAUCCCUCUUGAACUAUCUAGAUGUUAUUAAUAAAGAAUGUGAUAAUGUCAGAAGUGAUAAUACAAAGGAUGUUCUGAAUACUCUUCCAGUACAAGUAACAAAUGUUGGUGAAUUUUUCAACAACAUUGUGUUUUAUAAUAAUACAUUUUACAGAAAUAAAUGUAUGGAAUACUUGUACACAAUAGAGCAGUCCCUU